AUGGGAAAUACACAUCCGGGUGUCUCAUCAACACCGUCAAAAUCGUUCAAAGGAAAGCUGGGACGUCAAAGAAGAUUGUCGGAUCCGAGUCAAAAUCAAAACGUCAAGAACUGCCAUCUGGCACCAGGUUCUUCUGGAAAUUCUCAUUCUUGUACCACUCCUCCGACUAUUCAAAUUAAUGGAAAAGAGAGUUUCGAUGAGUACGAACAUGGACAAUUGAGAGCUAAAAGUGCGAGUACAGAUUUUUCAUCCCUUCGAUCCACAUCUCCUCCGUAUCAGAAAAACCAGAAGAACAGUGCUUCCGAACGUCGAAAAAUCUUCCUCUCCUCGUCCACAAAUCAGGAUUUCAGUGCAAGAAGUCUCGACGAUUCGAUGACAGCUAAAAUGAGUUGUAUGAUUCGAACAAAGUCUCAUUCUCCACUGAAACAAAUGAGGACUUAUUCGUUUCGAUCGAUUCCGAGUGAAGAGAAUUUGAUUGAUAAAGAAAGUUGUGAAGUCAUCUCAGAAUCCUGGAGAAUCGUCGAAUCUCGUUCCGCCUCUUCAAUCCCAACUGCCUGUUUCGGUCUCUUUGUGUUUCGUCGUGUCCUCUCCAAGAUCCCAAUGCUCUGUCCAUUAUUCAGUCUCUCAGAAUCUGAUGAUAUUUUCAAUCUUCCUGAAAGCCACCCAGUUCGCCGUCAUGCUCGUCUCUUCACUAAUAUUCUCCAUAUUUCUGUGAAAAAUGUGGAUGAAUUGGAAGCUCAAGUAGCGCCGACUGUAUUCAAAUAUGGUGAACGACACUAUCGACCUGAUAUUACUCCUCACAUGACCGAAGAAAAUGUCCGCAUAUUUUGUGCUCAAAUCGUCUGUACAGUUUUCGAUUUUCUCCGUGAAACAGAAGCAACUCCGAAAUGUGCAGAAUCUUGGAUAGAGCUAAUGAGAUAUCUCGGCCAAAAACUGCUUGAUGGAUUCGACUUCGCAAAGCUAACAGCAGAACGUAAAAUCUCAAUUAAUCGAAAUGAUCAUCAUCUCUUUCUUAUGUUGUGA